AUGUCUUUCUCUAUUGUGAAAAAAGCUAGAUGUUCCAAUCAAGGUGCUACAAAGCGAGAAUAUAGGUGUAUAAAGAUCAUGGUUUUAUCUUGUUCUGCAUAUAAUUGCACUCAAAGAUAUACUAAAGGGGUUUCUUUUCAUGGUUUUCCAAAAGAUUUAGAAUUGAGGAGAAAAUGGAUACAAGUUAUGCGGAGGGAUGGUUUUACUCCUAGUAAACAGUCUAAACUUUGUGGUAAACAUUUCACAAUUGAUUGUUAUGAAGGAAGUCCUUGGAGUUCACAAAAGAAACUAAAAAGUGAUGCAAUUCCUUCUAUAUUUGAUUUUCCAACACGUUUAAAAAAAAGUACUUAUUCUAGAAAACCACCAAAAAACAGACAAAGUAUUAUUUCAAAUAAUAUCACCAAUGAUUCAAUACAGAACAAUAACGUUGACAAUUGUAUUAUUAAUGUUAACAAUAUUAUCACCAAUGAUUCAAUACAGAACAAUAACAUCGACAAUUAUAUCAUUGAUGUUAAAAAUAAUAUCACUAAUGAUUCAAUACAGAACAAUAAUGUUGCAAAUUGUCAAAUCAAUCCGAAAAAUAAUGGUAAACGAAAAUAG